GAGAUGGAUAAUGAGCUGUAUGACGAUGACAGCAAUGGGCCUCCAGAGGAUGACGUUGUCCUUCAAUCUAACACUCAAUCUGAAGCACAGCUCUGCGUUCAGAGGAUGCUUGGCCAGCAGUUAGACACGGACAUAUCCCUAGAACAAUAUGCAGUCAAGCAUAAGUCAUUCACUCCGGCCGUAACCUUCAGAUCUUUUAUAGAGCAGGCCAGCGGAAAAUUAUCGCUUGAACAGUUUGAGGUACUUGGAAAAGAGCACCGGAGUUUGGACAAGCUGAGAGCAUGCGGCCUCUCGGACCAGGAAAUUGCCCUUAAAUUAGAAAAUGAGGGCGGUCACCUGUCCAGUCUACUACCUCCAUCCAAGCGUAGCAGUUACCUUGCUGAUCCCAUCGCCAGAAAAAAGCGUCUCAUAGAAGUGGAAGGGAAAAUCCAUCAAAGGCAAAAAAACCUUGGCCUGACCUUAGAGGAGCACCCCACGGAUAAUAAGGAAGAGUCGAAGGAGGAAUCUAAGGAUGGGACAGGGAGGGAACAGUCUGGAGAAAGUCACCCUACCUCCUCAAGACUUCUUGUCAGGCAUCCCACCACUUUAGGUCUUGCUUACAUUCACCCUGAUGAUCCCAUCAACCACCUAGAUGAUAUUGCUGCCAGCUUGUUUGGGAAGAACAAAGAUAAACAAAAUGAAGAUGUUUCUGCAAGUACAGAAGAUGCCACGUCCCCUGGGUGUGGGGCCACCAGAGAGUUGAGUACAGGUUGCUGUGGUGAUAAAUGUCGCUCAGGAGAGAUGGUUUGGACUCAGAGUAAGGGUUUCCUUAAAGAGACAUUAGAAGAUGCAGAUCGUGGGGGAUUAAGCCAAGGAUGUUCGUCAAUGUCUGAGGGGAAAUCACAGAGGCAGGACUCUGUCCUCACGAGUUUUACUGAAACCGAUUCACACGGCAGAAGCGAGAUCAGAAAUCUCGCUAAUACCCCUCAUGUGGGAUCAUCCCCCGAGGCGGAUUCCAAAACUAAGAUUUCAAAUCAUGCCGUUGGGGAUUGCGGUACGGGACUGGAAUCACAGUCAGCCGACCCCAGAGUGCCAGGAACAUGCGGCAGUGUGCAGGUUACGGAUAAUGAGCCUCGCAGACUGGCUGGCGUGGUCAGACCUUUGUCACGAGAGGAACUCCUGAAGCACAGACUAACGACGAAUGACAUUUGCAAGAUGGAUAGAUUCAGGGACUAUUCAAUGGGCCAACCCAGCAAGGUACUGUUUCUAAAAAACCUAUCGGCUAAAGUGACUGAAGAGGACUUAGCGUCUGUAUUCAUGAGCUUCCAGCAUCAGGACAAACCAAAGAUUGUCUUUAAACUACUAAAGGGAAGGAUGAAGGGGCAGGCUUUCGUGACCUUUGCAGAUUCAGAGACAGCGGGUGAAGUGCUAUCUCAUGUCAAUGGUUAUCCAUUGAGAGGGAAGCCAUUGAUCAUACAGUAUGGAAGCAAAGGUGAUUGAGAAGAGAACCGGGUGAUUCAACUCUAAGACAUCAAAAAAGAAAAGGGCAUCGCGCAUUUUGGAUUCUGGCUCUAUGACUUUUGGCUCCCCAUGGAUACGCCCUCUAGGGUGAACUUCCUACAACAUGAAGUAAUAUCCUUCAGAGAUGAGUGAACUUAUAUCUCCACAAUCAGCGGGGAGAAACUACACAUUCAUGUUUUUCAAAACAAUAAGCGAGAGUAUUUCCACAGGUGCUUCACGUCCAAACAGACAUUAAUUGCAACCUGGUGCAACACUAUCAUCCACUAUCAACAUCAAUGCUGCAUAUGACUCGAAUGUACUUUUACCCAAUAACAAAAAUGUCACCCUAAAAAGAAACCUCUAAACACUCUCUUCUCUUCAGAGUGGUGCUCCUGCUAUAGCAACCCCCUUGUCCCUUCGGAUGUGCCGUAUCCUGUCAUAAUAAAGGGCGAUGUCAUCUCUUGGGUCUUGUUCAAGCGCCCUCAACCUUCCUUGAGUUUCCUGCAGUUUACCCAUGGAUCAUACCGUUGACUGGUCGUGUCAAAUCAACGGUCGUAGUUUUCUCAAUCGAUCUCCUGCUCUAUUGGACUAGAUGAAGUUGUUAUUGAAGACUUGAUGCCAUUUUUGACCCAGUGUCUUCUCUCAAUCUCUUGCUCAGACGAUUGAUAACUUCACAUCUUUUUGGCGGGGAAUGUGAUCGGCUUGACAUUAUAGUUGUUAUUCUGUUGUAGGUGAUUAUUCCGAAUCAGUGCCGUGUGUCUUUUCAACCUACAUCGAUUCACCUUAGAGUUCCCCUUCUCUUAAAUGGAUACUCCGAAAGGGUCAUUCUUUGUUGGAUGAUACUAAUGGGUGCGUUCGUUUAGCUUCCCCGGGUCGACCCCGGUGUGUGGCAGGUUUUUUUCCCAGUACGAACGUGUGCAUAUAAUUACCCACGUUCGUCCUGGGAAAAACUGCCACACAUCAGGGUCGACCCAGGGAAGCUAAACGAACGCACCCGUUGUCUCAUUGCCUCAUUUCCUGGUCUUUUUCUGUUUUGUUCUCGGUCUCGAUAAGGUACCGUUAGUGAAUCAGAAAUCACCAAUUCUAAGUCCAAAAUCUGACAUGACUAUCCUGUAAGCUCCGAUUGCAUGUCCAAACUGGAGACGAGCGAAAAUUGGUAUGCUUGGGUCAUUUCGGAAUUACUUUGUAAGUCAUCUUAAAGGUGAUGACUUUUGCUAAAAUAAUUGUAUGUAUUAAAUGAGAGAGAAAAACCGAAACGGAUAGAUAUUGGCGUUGUGAAAUUGAAGCUUUUUUUAGUAAAAGAGUAAGCAUAUAUCCAAUCCUCAGUCGUUUAUUUAAAAAGAAAUAAAUACAGGAAAUCCUACAUAUCUUAUGCUUUGAGCUUCUCAAUGAUUCUUCAUAUGAUAUUUACUAUGAUCUGUUAUUAAUUACAUUGUCUCUUGUCUCGAGUUGGGAUUAAUGCUGAAAUAGAGGAUUAAUAGCAAGAUCCAUCUUUUUGUCCGGGAUGAGGAAAAGUUUGUUCAAAGAGCAAGAUGUUGAAUAAAAUUCCGUUCACGAUGUUUUAAUGAAAAUUAAAUUGACUGAGUUGAUUGA